UCUCCUUCCCAUAUCCACAGUUCAGAUAAAUAUCAGCGAGAAACAGAGGAGCAUCCAACAUCAAACGCCUUUAAAACAGAGGAUAUCAGACACAAGACAUCAACCCAAACCCACCCCGCCUGGCCACACGGAAACACAGAGGACUCCUUCCGUUCCAUAACACUCUCACAGCUCUCGGCCCUUCGCCUAUGCUCCCCAACUCCUAUAUCUCCUCCCGCCUCGCUCGCUCGCUCUCUCAACAGGGGAGGCUCCCUUGUUCUUCCCUUCUCUCCUAAAAAGAUCGAACUUGUCCGACGUCGGCCCGACCUUGUCCGGCCUCACCAUAUCCAUCGCUGACACCCGGCCCUUCUCCUAAACCCCACUCUCUCUCCCCUUUCCCUGCUACCGAUCUAUCCAUAAGAAGACACCUUCUUUCCUCCAACCAUGAAGAAAUUUAGAGGUUUUAGGCUGCGAAGAAGGCUAGUGCGAAUUUGGAGAUGGGCCUUUAGGAGACGCUCUUGCAAAGGUUACCUUCGCCUCGCCCCCACCACUCCUCCUCCGUCAUCCCAACUCCAACUUCACCGCAUAAAGGCCGCACCUUUGACGACGAAGCUCCGCCAGUGGGGCCGCUGCCUUGCCCGCGGGCUCGGCAGCGGAGGAGAUGUUGCCCGGACGGAACGGGAAGCGGCGGCGAUGCAGCUGCUAGAGGGCGGCGGAGGAAGGGAGUCUCCACCGCCAUCGACGCCGAAAGGGCACCUAGCCGUGUACGUGAGCGGCGGGAGGAAGGGGGAGGAGGCAGUUUCGCCGCGGCGAUUCGUGGUGCCCGUGAUCGACUUCAACCACCCGCUCUUCGUGGAGUUGUUGAGGGAGGCGGAGGAGGAGUUCGGGUUCCACCACCCCGGUGGCAUCACCAUCCCCUGUCCCGUCUCCCGGUUCGAGCGCGUCCGGAACCGUAUCGCUGCCGAGCCCGCCCGGAAGGGGAUAAGGGGAGAGCCGUCCUGAGCCGCCACAUAGAUCUUGGAUAUGGCGACCUUGCUGAUGCCAUUUUGAUGGGCUACUUUUUCUCUUUUAUUUCCCCAUAAAAUAAACUACUUUGCUCACGUAGAUGUGAUGAUUAGUGACAUUUCCAAGAACGGAUCUCCUCGUUGGUGUGCCUUUAGAUUUUAGCUGUUGAAAAAUUUAUGUUCCAAUUUAUGAAAAAAUCAUUUUAUAAUGAAAAUAUGAGAGACUCUUGGAAAAUUAUUAUGUCACUAGAAAAGGGAAAAAAAACUUUCUACAUGUUAUUAUAAUGCCAAUAAAAAUUACCACAUACAUGUAGGGGUGGCAAGUUAAUCCACUCCCUCAAGUAUUUAACCUACCCCGAUCCUCGUGGAGCAACAUUAUCUGACCUGUAGUAGUUUCAGCAUAGGUGCAAGCAAUAGUAAAAUCGUCCCAAAUCUAACUCGGAUAUAUAUAUAUAUAUAUAACCCUUCACAAAUUUCUUCCUCAUCUUUUAUCCUAGUUGCUCCACUUGCGAGAAAGAUUGAACAUAUGAAAGGUUCUAUAUCAUGAUGUUUUGUUUUUCUUUUUUUAGUUGAUUUCUUUUUUUAGUUUAAGAGGUAUUU